CGCCGCCGCCGCUUCCGUCGACAAAUCAAGGCUAAGAAAAUUGUUGGUGUGUUUCUUGAAAGAAAUCGAUGUCGAUCAUUUCCUUGAUCACUGGAUGGCCGGGGCUCAGCGGCUUCGGAUCCGCAUCUACGGCGGAGGAUGUCACCCAAGGGAUCGACGCCACCGGCCUUACAGUCAUUGUCACCGGAGGAGCGAGCGGGAUCGGGUUUGAAACGGUACGAGUUUUAGCGAUGCGAAAGGCACAUGUGAUUAUAGGGGCAAGAAACGUAGAGGCAGCAAAUAAAGCAAAACAACAAAUUCUUCAACAAAAUCCAUCUGCCAAAUUGGAUGUUCUCAAACUUGACCUUUCAUCCAUCACUUCCACAACACAAUUUGCUCAAAAUUUCAUUGCUCUCAAUCUCCCUCUCAACAUUUUAAUAAACAAUGCUGGUGUUAUGUUUUGCCCGUUUCAACUGUCUGAAGAUGGGAUAGAGAUGCAGUUUGGCACCAACCAUCUUGGUCAUUUUCUGUUAACAAACCUUCUUCUUGAGAAAAUGAAGAACACUGCAAAAAGCUCAGGAAUUGAGGGUAGAAUCGUCAAUUUAUCAUCUAUAGCUCAUGUCCACACUUAUGGCCAUGGAAUUCGCUUCAACAAAAUCAAUGAAAAGAAGGGGUAUUCCGAUAAGAGGGCGUACGGGCAAUCUAAGUUAGCCAACAUUUUACAUAUCAAGGAGCUCACUCGUCGAUUUCAAGAAGAGGGCAUGAACAUAACGGCGAACGCGGUGCAUCCGGGGUUGAUAAUGACGCCCCUUAUGAGGCAUUCUAAGCUUCUAAUGCGGCUUUUGCGGGUUUUCACCUUCUUUAUAUGGAAGAAUGUCCCUCAGGGCGCAUCAACAACAUGCUAUGUGGCACUCCACCAAAACUUGAAGGGAGUAAGUGGGAAAUACUUUUUGGACAAUAACGAGAAGCGACCAAGCUCCUAUGCUAGAGACGAAGCACUUGCAAAGAAACUUUGGAACUUCAGCGAGGACUUGAUCAGUUCAAUUUCUAAAGUAUGAAAAGAAGCGGCUCCCGAGCUUCAAGUUACAUGUCGACGGUAUUAAAGUGUGUUUUUUUAAAUAUAAUCGUAUUUUUAAAUAUAAUCGUAUAAUUUCUUGAAUAUUCAUGUUGCAUGCUAUGUUAUCAAAACUAUUAAAGGAUAUUUUGUUCAUGCUCUUAUGAAACGAAAGUCAUUUAGUA